AUGAACUUUCUGGCUUCUCCUGAGCUCAUCACCGCUAUGUCGUACUCUGGCUCCACGACCUUCAACCCAAUGACUGAUUCUAUACCGACGCCAGACGGCAAGCCUUUCAAGUUCACGCCACCAAAGGGCUCUGACCUCCCCUCUGCCGGUUUUGCAGACGGUAAUCCUGACUUCAUGCCUACACCGGGUGUCCCAGACCCUAGCGUAGAUGUUAUUGUCUCACCCACCUCUACCCGCCUGGCGCUCCUAGAUCCGUUUCCAGCAUUCCCUGACUCCGACUUCACAGGCCUAAAGGUACUGUACAAGGUCAAGGGACAAUGCACAACAGACACCAUUUCGGCUGCUGGACCAUGGCUCAAGUACAAGGGCCAUCUGCCCAACAUCUCUGAAAACACACUUAUCGGCGCUGUCAACGCGCAGACAGAUGAAGUCAACGUCGCCUACGACUUAGACGGCAAAACAUCAGGGAUCCCAGAAUUAGCAAAGAGGUGGCGCGAUCAGGGCAUCGAAUGGCUCGUCGUAGCAGAGCACAACUACGGUGAAGGCUCUGCACGUGAACAUGCUGCCUUGCAACCCCGGUACCUUGGUGGUCGUGUCAUCCUCGCCAAAUCCUUCGCCCGUAUCCACGAGACCAACCUCAAGAAGCAGGGUAUCGUCCCUCUGACUUUCGCCAACGAAGCCGACUACGAUGCGUUCGAAGCUUGCGACGAAGUCGCCACAAGGGGGUUGUUGGACGUACUGAAGAGCGGUGGUAAGGGCGAGGUUGAGCUUGUCCUCAAGAAGAAGGAUGGUAGCGAGAAGGUUGUCAAGACCAGGCACACUCUAUCGCAAGAUCAGUGUGGCUUUGUGCUUGCUGGUAGCGCACUGAACCUUCUGGCCAGAAAGGGUAGGGAGAUGAAGGAGGAAGUCACUCGGAGUGCCGAGCUAACUGACUGA